AUGCGUAAGGUUCGUGCGCGUUAUCUGACCAUGAGUCGUCGGAAGAAAAAAGAGGAAAAAGAGAAAAAGAAGCGAAUGAAAAUGACUCAGGUCAAUAUGGGUGGUGUACCGUUUCAGACUCGGUCUAGUCAGCCGAUUUAUGUACCCGAGUAUUCUCAGGACGACGUGGAAGAGGAGGAUGAGGAUGAGGAGGAUGAGGAGAAUGAGUUUGAUGAGGAUGAUGUGCAGGACAGUGUUAGGAUGGGUGCGCAUCACAGAGAUACGCCUAUGUACAAUCUUAGUAGUUAUCCUCCUCCCCGGUACUCCAGUUGUCCCCGGCCUGGUCCUGGCGGUUUACCCUCUCCCCCUACCCCUCUCCUUUCUCCUAUGAGUGGCGGCAGCAGCCAGUCGAGAGUUUCUGAUGAAAUUGAUCCGACUAUAUGGCUAGUGACAGAUGAAGUACCUGGUGGGCCGAUAGAUGGUAGCGUGAUUCCUAGCUUCCUUGGGCAUAUUGCUUAUCAUUUCUGGCAUGGAUACAAUAAACCCACAUUGAAGAUUUUUAAAGGCGAAAAGAUUCUAAAUAAGUUGAAGAUGUGGUAUAAAGAUAUAGAUGAUGUAGUGAGAGGCAAGAUUCGGGGGACUGGAUUAGGAGCGUGUGAGGAUGGGUACCUUGAAUGGUACAGGCAGUAUUCACAUCCAUUUCUGCUGCCGACAACUGACCCAUCUGCAGUCUCUACACCAGCUAGGAGCAGUCAGGAUUAUUGGAUGAAUGAAUUGAGGAAGCUGAUGACGGACCAGAUUAGAAAGGUCAAAGAGUCCGAUCGCGACCUAGCUGACGAAUAUGAUGAGAAACUACAGGAUACGAUGAUCCGUUAUUACAAGGCCCCAUAA